AAAUCCUGAUCCAUCCCAUCCUAUUCAUUUAAUUGGAUGUAUAUCUGGUGUUGAACAACUUGAUGUUCAUGGAACAAAUGUUAUUUACAAUAAAUCAAAAAGUGAUGGAAACGAAGAAACACCUCUUGAAUCAAAUCAUACACAUUUUAUUUUUAUUGAUGAUGGAACUAAACAUCAAUAUGGAGGAGAAAAUGAAUUUCGUGCUCAAUUUGAAAGAGCGAUUUCUGAAGAAUCAUUUUCAUUAGAAAGUACAAUAAAUAAUAAUCAAAUGAAAGAUAAAUCAAGACAAUCAGAUAGUAUACCUGUUGUUCUUGUUGUUAUUGAUGGUGGACUUGAGACAAUUAAGAAAGUUCAUGAAAGUGUUAUUGAAAAUAAAAUUCCAGUUGUUCUUCUGGCAGACACUGGUGGUUGUUGUGAUUUAUUUGCUAAAUGCUAUCAAUUAUACAAUGAAUAUCAUCUAACAUUGAAAUUACCUGAUUAA